CCCACGGUCAGGAUAGAAGUGUCUUGCUGACCGAACCGCACGGUGCGCACCCCGUAGGGCUGUAGUCACCGCGGGAACAGUAUUGAUGCGAAUUGUAGGCUACAAAGCCUAAUACGAGCGAGCGAGCGAGAGGGAGGGGGAGAGAGAGAGAGAGGGGACCAGCUAUGGCGGAGGAGGAGGAGGUGGGAGGUGAGGGGGCACACAAGAACCUGAACGAAACCCAACGAAGAGGCUCAAAGGGCAAAUCAUGCAAGGGAUGCCUCUACUACUCAUCCGUUCUCAAAUCCAAUUCUCGUAACCCUCUUUGCGUUGGCAUCAGUCGAUCCCUUCCUCAAGUACCUAGGUAUGUUGUUGGAGAAUCGGAAAUAGAAGCUUCCAAAGAGGGUCGGAGUCUUACAGAUUUCAAGUAUGCAUGUGUCGGUUACUCAGUGUACAAGGAUGGAAAAGAUCCAUCAGCAAAUAUGCAAGAGACACAAGCAGAAUUGCCAGUCUGUGUUGGCAUUGAGCUUUUAGUUGACAAAAGAGUUGCUAGUGCAGACCAUGCUUCUGCUCAUGUCCAUAACAGAGAAGAUGGUCAUGGAUAUCCUCAGACGAGAACACAUAAACCAGUACAUUCGGGAGGGAAUGAGUUCCUGACCAGGUUUACAAGGAAUGCAAACCUGGUUGCGUCAGGGGUGGCCCGGAACAUGCGUAGAGUUGGCAACUACAUAAAAGAAAAUGUUGACGACAUUCUUUAUCCAUACCGAAGGCGACCAAAGUAAGACUGCAGAUACUGAUGUAAUUUUUUUUUGCCCUUUCCAAUUUUCUUGCCUUUCUUAAAAGGAGGCAGUGGGAACUAGCUUCCUAUCCACCUUCCAAUGCUCUUUCGUUUAUUCUUCUAUUAAGCCCCUCUUUUUUUAUUUGAGCAAUAAGUAUAGGUCUAUUAAAGAAGUUUUUGGGGUUUUAUGUCUUUUAUUCAGUUAUGUGCAUUAUUUGCUGGUCGACAUCUGUUGUAUUUAUACUCUUCUGUUAUCAUUCUAAAUUGAAUGCAUGUUUUUCCCCUUUUUGGGGUGAAA